AUGAGCCCUUCAAGAUUUGUUUCUCCAUUAUUAAGAAAACUACCUGAUAUUAAUGAUAAAGAUAAUAAUAACGUAUUAUCAUACGAUAAUUUGGAAGCUGUACAAAAACGGUUGAAAGUAAGCCAAAAUAAUUGUCCCAAUAAUUAUUCAAUAAAUAAAACUAUUGUUUUAAAAAAGAAACAAAUAUCUUCACAUGAAGAAAGACAUUAUAAUGUCUUAUGGAGAAAACAAACAACUAAGAAAAAUAAAUCAUGGCAAGGAGAUGGCGUUUUAUCGUUUAUUAAUAAUAUGUACUUUCUUAAGGAUUUAGAUGGAAACAACUUAGCAAAAUGUCGCCAUAAUUUCUCUUUAUUAUCAGUAGGAGAUCAAUUGGUGAUAGGCGAUAAAGAAGUAGAGAUUGAUAGUAUAUUAAAUAAAGAAGAUUAUUUAUCCGGAAAACCAUUUACACAGUUACCAAAUAAUCCAAAAACAGUUUACCCAAUGCUUAAUAUACAUACAAAAAAAUUUAAAACACCUCUUUUAACAUCUAAUAUAAUGCAUAUUCAAACUUCUAAAUUACCACAGGCACGUCAUGAUCCUAAUGAGCCAGGAGCAUUAGUAUUUCCAAGGCCAAAAGUUGAAAGCUAUCAAGGGAAAAACGUUCAAAUAAUAGAUGUAGUUGUUGAUCCAUCAUUAUCUAAACAUCUUCGACCCCAUCAACGCGAAGGUGUUAAAUUUCUUUAUGAAUGUGUUAUGAAAAUGAGAGAAUUUGAAGGUCAAGGUGCUAUAUUAGCCGAUGAAAUGGGUCUUGGAAAAUCUCUUCAGAUUAUUACACUCUUAUGGACAUUAUUAAAACAAAGUCCAUAUUAUGGAAUUAAAUCAAUCAUUAAACGUGCACUAAUAGUUUGUCCAGUCACACUUAUUAAUAAUUGGAAAAAAGAAUUUCGAAAAUGGAUAGGUGGAAAUGAGAAAAUUGGAUUAUUUGUUGUUGAUUCAAAUUCUAAUAUUAAAAAUUUCUCCGUAGGAAACGUUUAUUCAGUUAUGAUAAUUGGUUAUGAAAGACUCAGAAAUAUAUUUGAUCAAUUAGAAGAUGCAAAUAUAGAUAUUAUUAUAUGCGAUGAAGGGCAUCGUUUAAAAUCUACAAAUAAAUUAGCACAAGCUAUUAAAUCAAUUAAAACUCGCAGAAGAAUAAUUUUAAGUGGAACUCCGAUUCAAAAUGGCAAUUAUUAUUAUUAUUAUUAUUCAAUUAGUAUUAAAUUAUGUUUAGAUUUAGGUGAAUUUUAUGUAAUGGUUGAUUUUGUAAAUCCAGGUUUAUUGGAAAAUUAUGCUACAUUUAAAAAAGAAUUUGAAAAUCCAAUUAUUAAAAGCAGACAAGCAGGGUGUAUGAAGAAAGACAAAGAAAAAGGGAGGGCACGUUCUGAACAGCUUGCAUCUUUAACAAAAAUGUUUGUUCUUCGAAGAACUUCAGAAAUUCUUGAUGAAUAUCUUCCUCCUACAGUUGAAUAUAUAGUAUUUUGCAAACCAACAUCAUUACAAGUAGAUAUAUACCGCGAAUUAAUAAAUAUAUCAAUGUCAAGUUUAAAUGCAGGAAAUACUAAUAUAGCAGUUCAUUUACGAGCUUUAACUUAUUUGAAAAAAGUUUGCAAUUCUCCUACACUUUUGUUUCAUAAAAAAAAAAUUGAACAAGACUUUGAUUUAUUUCAUACAAAUAUAAAACAUAAAUUUUCUUCCAGGUGUCCAAAGGAUUCAGGAAAACUUUUAGUUUUUGAUAAAUUUUUAGAAGCACUAAAAGCUACAGAUGAAAAAGUUGUUAUUGUUUCACAUUAUACACAGACUCUUCAAAUUUUAGAAAAUUUAUUAAUUUCUAAAUCUUUAUCAUAUCUUCGUUUAGAUGGACAAACAGCUAAUAUUAAGAGACAAGAAUAUGUAGAUAAAUUUAACUCAUCUGACUCUAGUGAAAUAUUUGCAUUUUUACUAUCAGCAAAAUCAGGGGGAUAUGGAUUAAACUUAAUCGGGGCAUCUAGAUUAGUUUUAUUUGACAUAGACUGGAAUCCUAGUGUGGAUCUUCAAACUAUGGCUCGUAUACGUCGUGACGGUCAACGAAAAAGAACAUUUGUUUAUCGUUUUCUUAUAUCUGGAAUGAUUGACGAAAAAAUAUAUCAAAGACAAAUAACAAAACAAGGUCUUUCAGAUACAUUUAUAGAUUCCAAAAUGUCAUUGAUUAAAGAUUCCUUUACGCAAGAAGAAUUGAAAUCUCUUUUUUUUUAUCAAGAUACAUCAUGUCAAACUCAUGAACUUUUAAGUUGUCAGUGUCAGGGGAAUGGGUUGAAUGUCGAAAAGAUCGAUUAUGAAGAGUUUUCUGAUGAUGAAAUUAAUUUAGGCGGUUGGGUAAAAUCUAGUGAAAUUCUAGAAUCUAAAAUAAAAAUGUCAAAUUAUAUAAAGAAAAAACAUCUUCAUAGAAUUAAUGAAUAUUCUCAUAUUGAAAUAUCGAAAAAUAAUGAUUAUUAUAAUAAUAUAAAAGAUAAUAUAUUACGGAAAAUAUCUCAAGAAAACAAUGAAAUAGACAAAGGUUGUAUAUCUUAUGUGUUUGAGAAAGUAAAAUCAACAUAA